AUGAAUAGGUUUGGUGGGGAAAUGAGGUCCGUGACGAAACUUCGACGGAUGACCGGAACAACUUUCGCAGACCAGGAAUGUGAAUCCUUCGCAGUCGUUUAUCAACGAUUUCAAGGGACACAAUCAAUUUUUGGAAAUACUCGGCAUGUGGCCGUUGAAGACGAUAAAAAGAGACCAUGGGUUAGAAAAGACUCGGAUAUUUUGGAAAACAUGCAAGCGUUGGUUUGUGCAACACAAUACAUGUCGUUCAGGAUGACCACGCAGGCCUUGAAACGUACGAACCCUCCUCCCCCGUAUUCUGUGAUAGCUCUUCAGAUUGAUGGCUUUUAUUCAGAGGAAAAACUUCUCCAGAAAGGAAAUCACACACCUAGGGUGGUAGUAGGUCCCUCGGAAAUCAAACGUGGACCGCGUGAUCCCCACUGCGCCUGGUUGGGGACACUAAACAUAUGGCUGCCAAAAGACGUCAGUGGCGUUUUUGUUGUCAGUUUCUAUCGAGAUUGCCUGAGUGAAUGUCUGGAGAUUGUGGUGAAAAAAGUUGGUGGUCCGGGACGAGAGCAUUCAAGACUAACUCGUCCAUGCACUCUGUCGCGCAGCGUUGACUCGGGUACGUUGAAUGCGGUAGCAGCGCCUCGUAAAGACAUGCCUUGA